AUGGUAUCAAUCAUCCAGAUUGUUAAACUCAAAGUUUUGUUAUUUGUCAUUGCUCUACUUUCCUCUUCAUCUGCAGCUGUUUUGGUUUCUUUGGAUACUAAUGAAAAUAGACAAGAACUAGAGGCUCUUCUCAAAUGGAAAGACAGCCUUGACAAAUCAUCUUCUGCGAUUCUCUCUUCCUGGGACCUUUCUCCAAUCAAUGCUACUUCUCCUUGUGACAGCCUGGAUCUUAGUAAUAAUUCAUUGUACGGAACCAUUCCUCCCCAUAUCAGUAACGUCUCUAAACUAUCCUAUCUUGAUUUGUCUGCAAACAAUCUCAAUGGUUUUAUCCCUGAGUCUAUUGGAAACUUAGCCAAUUUGAACAUACUUUACCUUAACAUCAAUCAACUUUCUGGAUCAAUUCCCCUCACUAUUGGAAACUUGACCAAGCUCACUGGAUUGCACUUGUCACUUAAUCACUUAUCUGGCCACAUCCCUAAAGAAGUAGGAAGGAUGGCAUCCCUUACUGACCUGAAAUUGCCCAUGAACAACCUCAGCGGUCAACUUCCCGCAGAAAUUAGCAACCUUACAUCUAUGAAGAUUUUGCUAAUGGGAAACAACAGAUUGUCUGGCAACUUACCAGAUCGUAUAUGCCUUGGUGGCUUACUUGAAAGACUAUCUGUACAUACGAACCAUUUUGUUGGUCUUAUCCCGAAGGACUUGAAAAACUGCAGCAGACUUUUUAGGGUUCGUUUUGAAGGGAAUCAACUGAUAGGAAACGUAUCAGAAGAUUUUGGCAUAUAUCCAAACUUGAAUUAUAUUGAUUUGAGUUACAAUAAGUUCGUUGGUGAGCUUUCGCGAAACUGGGGCUUCAGUUAUUAUCUGACAAGCUUCAAGAUUUCCAACAAUAAGAUUGCUGGUUCAAUACCUCCUGAGCUUGCCAAAGCAACCAACCUACAGAUUCUUGACCUAUCCUCAAAUCAACUAGUAGGGAGGAUCCCAAAGGAGCUAGGUGGCUUGGCAUUGUUGUUCAAUCUUGAACUGAAUGACAAUCAACUUUCAGGCAGUGUUCCUACAGAGCUUGGAUUUCUGUCUGAUUUAGCACAACUUAACCUUGCAGAAAAUAGAUUAAGUGGUUCAGUUCCUGCACAAUUGGGACAAUGUUCAAAACUACUUUACUUGAAUUUGAGCAAGAACACCUUGACUGAAAAGAUUCCCUUCCAAAUUGGUAGUCUACACUACCUCCAGAAUCUUGAUCUUAGCCUUAAUUUUCUUACAGGAGAAUUACCAGCUGAACUUGGAUUUUUAACCAGCCUGGAAACCUUAAAUCUUUCUCAUAAUCAGCUCUCUGGCUAUAUUCCAAUCACCUUUGAUGAGAUGUCAAGCCUGACAACUGUUGAUGUAUCCUACAAUAUGUUGGCAGGUCCUCUCCCCAGCAUUAGAGCCUUCAGAAAUGCACCAGCAAAAGCACUUGAACAUAACCAAGGCUUGUGUGGCAACACAAACACUAUUGGGACUUGCUCUUCUAUGAUCAGAAAAUCCAAGGCGAAAUACAGAAAAAAGGUUUUGAUUUCAAUUAUAGUCCCUAUUUUGGGUACUUUAAUCCUUUUGUUCAUCAUUGCUGGGAUCUUGUUUACUCGUUCUCGCGAAGCAAGGAAUAUGAUUGAACCAAGAGAAGAAGAAAUGGCGAAUUGUUUUGCAAUAUGGGGUUUUGAUGGGAAACUGAUGCAUGAAAGCCUCAUUCAAGCAACAGAGGAUUUCAACUCCAAAUAUUGCAUUGGAAGAGGUGGAUCUGGAAGUGUUUAUAUAGCUAAGCUUCCAACAGGACAAGUUUUUGCUGUGAAGAAACUCCAUGAAUUAGAUGAUGAUGAAGUGGCCAAUAUGAAAUCUUUUAGCAAUGAGAUCAAUGCAUUGACAGAAGUGAAGCACCGAAAUAUUGUGAAACUUUAUGGUUUUUGUUCUCAUGCUAAAUACUCAUUUUUGGUUUAUGAGUAUCUAGAGGGAGGAAGCUUGGCAAAGUUACUUAAAAAUGAAGAAAGAGCAAGGGACUUAGACUGGAAUAAGAGGAUACAAGUUGUAAAAGGUGUGGCGAAUGCUUUAACAUAUAUGCAUCAUGAAUGUUUUCCCCCUGUAAUUCAUCGAGACAUAUCAAGCAACAAUAUUUUGUUGGAUUCAGAAUAUGAAGCUAGGGUUUCGGACUUUGGCACUGCUAGGAUUUUAAACCCUGAUUCAUCUAAGUUGACUUCAUUUGCAGGCACCUUUGGAUAUUCUGCUCCAGAACUAGCUUAUAGAAUGGAAGCAAAUGAAAAAUGUGAUGUUUAUAGCUUUGGGGUGUUGACAUUGGAAUUGAUAAUGGGAAAGCAUCCAGAAGAUCUCUUAUUGUCUCUAUUACUGCCAACAUCAAUCACCAUCCACCGCAUUCCACUGAAAAACUUAUUGGAUAAUCGGCUUCCAUUUCCGGUAGACCAGGUAGCAGAGGAAGUAGUCUUCAUGGUGAAGCUGGCAUUUUCCUGCCUUCAAACCAGUCCACAAUCUCGACCAACCAUGCAACAAGUUUCUCAAAAGCUUUCUGCUCAAAAACCACAUUUGUUGGAUCCUUUAGACAUUAUAAAACUAGAAAAUGUACUCUGA